CAACAACAAAAAGAUCGUCUCUAGCGUGCUGCGUGUUUUCCCACACUUUGUUAUGCCGGGCUUACUUUUUUGUUUACAAAACAAAUAUUAAAUAAUUAGCAAAGAAUCAUGAAAAUUGCCAUAGAAGGAUGUGCCCAUGGCGAAUUGGAACGUAUCUAUAACACCAUAGAGGGCAUUGAGAAUGAGCAGAAGAUUAAAAUUGAUUUACUUCUAUGCUGCGGCGACUUUCAAUCCACCAGGAAUCUGAAGGACUUACAAACUAUGGCAGUGCCUAAGAAGUAUCUGGACAUUUGCACGUUUUACAAAUACUAUAGCGGGGAACUAGUGGCUCCUGUGCUGACCAUUUUUAUUGGCGGUAACCACGAAGCAUCCAAUUACCUGCAAGAAUUACCUUAUGGUGGAUGGGUAGCACCCAAUAUCUACUAUCUUGGAUAUGCUGGGGUGGUGCAAGUUAAUGGCCUUCGCAUAGCUGGCAUCAGUGGCAUUUACAAAGGCCACGAUUUUCUAAGGGGUCACCAUGAAUUUCCACCUUAUACGGAAAGCACUUGUCGGAGUGUCUAUCAUGUGCGUCAGUUAGAGGUUUUUCGACUGAAACAGUUGUCGGGAAAGGUGGAUAUUUUCAUGUCACAUGAUUGGCCCACCGGCAUUUACGAAUACGGCAACAAAGAGCAUCUCUUGAAAAGAAAACCCUUCUUUGCAGACGAUAUGGAAACUGGCAAACUUGGUAGUGUGCCGCUUGAAGAAUUGCUGAAGGCAGUAAGGCCGGAAUAUUGGUUUGCGGCCCACUUACAUUGUAAAUUUGCCGCUUUGGUGCCGCAUCAGCCUAAACCAACCUCCUGCUCCUCAUCAAGCAGUAGCGAUAGUGAUGGUGAUGAUGACGAUGUCAGAGAUAUGCCUUCUACUCCCAAAUCGCCUGUCACCACAACAAAAUUCUUAGCUUUGGACAAAUGCCUGCCUCGACGGGGUUUUCUUCAAGUUCUUGAUCUACCAAGCAACCCUAUAGAGGGCAAACCCCAUUUAGAAUAUGAUCCAGAAUGGUUGUCUAUACUCCUUACCACGAAUCAUUUGAUUUCAGUCAAGGAAAAUUAUUACUAUUUGCCUGGUAAGAAGGCUGGAGAGCUUACAGAACGUUUUAAUUUUACACCCACUCCAGAAGAAUUGGCCAUAAUCCAUGAGAAAUUCAGCAGUCUGAGAAUACCUGAGAAUUUCCAAAUGACUUCCAAGGCAUACGAUCCAUUGGAACAAUCGAAUUAUAAACACAUGUAUAUAGAACAACCUACACCUCAGCUGAAUCCUCAAUGUAAUGAAUUUUGUGCCCUUUUGGGAAUAGAUGAUCCUCUUUGCUUGGCACUUCUGGCCAACGGUAAGCAAUUGCCAUCCAUGAUGGCAUUCGAAAAGGAAGAAGAAAACCAAGAGCAAUCGAUGAAUGAAGAACUAGAAGAAACUAAAAGCGAUUCAAUAGUUACACCAUCGAAAAGGAAAUUGAAUUUAAAUUUGCCAGCUCCCACAGCAGGCGACAAUAAUGAAAAGGACACAGAGACAGCAAAUGUCGAUAAGAAUGUCAUAGAUUUGCCCGAUGAACCAGAUAAAGAUGAAGAUGUUCAGGAUGUGUCCGUGGUGGAUAAGCCAAAGGAUGAGGCGGCACCUGCUGUGCUUGGAAGUCCCAAACAAUUUAAAAGAAGAAACCAAAGUAUUUAUCAAAACGAAGAUAACGACUAAUGUGAUUAGUUAAAAAAUAUUGCGAAAAGAUGAACAAUUCAAUUUUAUGUUUUGCAGAACAUAAAUUGUACAAAAAUAAUACCUUAAACUAGAUAUUUCAACUCAAAUUUUGAUUCGUAAAUUAGUUAUAAGCGCACAAAUCGACAAGCCCACCUUGAAUUUUGUGCAAUAUAAUGAACAGUCUUUGAAAAUAAUUAAAAUUUCUUGAUAUUUUUCUAUCUUAAGUACAAAUUCUACUCAUACUGACAGAAACAGGAGCAGAAAACCUAUGGAAGUAAUUGAUUGAUCUUUAUAAUUGAACAUUUAAAUAAAAAAAAAGAGGCAAA